AUGAAUGAAAUAAUUCAACUACAAAUUGGUCAAUGCGGAAAUCAAAUUGGAAGUAACUUUUGGAAAACAAUAUCAGAUGAACACGGAAUCAAUGAAUCGGGGGAGAUUAUCCAGUCAUAUAAUAUUCACUUAGAUCGAAUAUGUGUUUAUUACAAUGAAUCAUCUAAUAAAAAAUAUGUACCUAGAGCAGUGCUAAUAGAUUUAGAGCCUGGAACACUAGAAUCGAUUGGCAGUGGUUACAAAUGCAAGUUUAGUCAUCAAAAUUUUAUUUCUGGAAUAACAGGAGCUGGAAAUAAUUGGGCCAAAGGAUAUAAUUUAGACGGAAUUGAGAUGUUAGAUCGAGUUUUGAAUACUGUGAGGCUUGAAGCUGAAAAAUGCGAUUGUCUUCAGGGAUUCCAAAUAACUCAUUCACUAGGUGGUGGUACUGGUUCUGGUUUGGGUUCACGGCUGAUGAGCAAGAUUCAACAAAUCUAUCCGAAACGAAUGAUAAGUUCAUUUAGUGUAGUUCCAUCAUCUAAAGUUUCAGAUACUAUAGUAGAACCGUAUAAUGCACUUAUGGCCAUGGAACACUUGAUAUGUGAUGUUCAAGGCGUUCAUUUAAUAGACAACAGCGCCCUAUUUGACGUUUGUCGUUGUAAGCUGAACUUGACGUCACCAACUUACGGCGACCUCAAUCAUCUGGUUGCACAGACUAUGUCUGGAGUGACUACCGGGUUCAGAUUUUCUGGGCCGGGUAGACAGCAGCAGAUGAUUGGAGACCUGAAGACGCUGAUCACAAACAUGGUUCCAUUGCCUAAGCUGCAUUUUUUUACAUCUGGAUUAGCACCGUUAACAUACAGAACUCAGAGCUCUCGGACCGGUCUUUCACUUGAAGACGUUGUUGGACACUUGGCGGAUCCUAAGAGGUUAUUGGUGUCAUGCGAUACGGGACGUUGUUUAGCUGCCGCAUUGAUGUUCCGCGGCAGUAAUGAAAUGUGUCCCAUUGAAGUUAAUAAACUUGUUUAUCGUGGCCUAUUAAUCGAUUUUGUCGAAUGGAUACCGGAUAACGUAAAAACGUUCAUUUACAGAGGGUUACCGUCCCACGGCCUUAAAGUGAGUGGCACGAUAAUGACAAACGGUACGAAUAGUAAAGGUAUAUUCCAAAGAGUCUUGAAGCUCUACUCGCGUUUGAUGAGUAGAAAAGCAUUCCUACAUCUAUACACUGAACAAGGAUUAGAAAUUAACGAUUUCCAGCAAGCCGAAGAACAAAUAAAAAGCCUUAUAGCAGAUUACUUGGAAUGUGAGAAAACAAGUUGCAGCUCAGGCCAAAACUAAAACGUACAAACAAUUUAUGGAAAUAAUAAAAAUUUCAAUUUUUUUAUCAGUAUUUAUAUGAUAUAACACAAAAUAUCUGUAAUCUA